AUGGCGCCAAUUGAUCACCCCGCAAGCUGCGAUUUUGAGGAAGCUCUAGCUGCGGCUGCCCGUGGCAUCAACGUAUCAGCCAUGCAUGUGACCCUUGUGGUCACGAGCGCGGCCAAAAUCCCAUUGUUGUUGCAACUCCUGCGCUCCCGAGCAAUCUCUAAUUGUUGGGGGCUGGUAGGGCGCAUGAGCGAGGACGAAUGGAUGCUGCGAGCCUUGAGCUUUGUGGUGGCCACCCCGGAGGAAGUCCGUGGCACCGCUUUGUUUUCCUCCCGCCUUGAGGCGCUUGUGCUGGACAAAGCAGCUGUGGCGCAAAACACUUUUUUCCACGAGCUCUUGUAUGAAUCACGACAUCGUAAGCUUCCCGUGUUUCCUGCGCAACCACGAGUACCAGUCUUUCGGAGGCCGUGGCAGCACGGCGUGAGCGCAAUGAAGGGCUGGGUGGAUCCCAGGGACCGCUCCAGUGUCAAGGGGGAGCUGCGUUCCUCCUUGGAGGAAACUCUACCAGAAGUGCUGUCUUGCUCUGGCCUUGGAGACUCGUGGUUUGACUCAGCUGUGGAAAGCUUUGCCGAUGGUGACAGCAUAGUGCAGCAGGACUGGUCCGCGAUUCUGAGCUACAUGCCUGGCGUUUUCCAUCGCCUUGCUCGCGGAGAUAAAUGGCUCACGCUUGUCCUGGCACCCGACUGCAGGGCUGCUCCCAUCGCCCGGUUUAUGCAAGUGUUUGCUCGUCACUUCGGACUGCCGGAAGAGCUGGUUGGCCUCCAAGCGGCCAGCCGAGUUGCCGUUGGUUCCCCCGAGAGAUUUCACCCAAGCAACAGGUUGAGCGACGUCUGCCAGCUCAUACUGGUCGAGGCGGACAAGCUCUUUGCGUCACACAGGCCCGAGAUGGAGUGGAUCGUGGAGCGGCUGGAAGAGGAUGUCCAGAUCGGUUUGCACUCGGAGACGCUGCCUCCUGAGGUGGAAGACCUGGCGUCGAGGUUUGCCAAGCGCCAUCGGUGGGAAAGGCUAGACAAGGCCGGCGCCAGCAUGGAUGGCAUCCGCCAGUUCUACGCUUGCGUGGACGAUGAGAGCUGCAAACUAGACGAGCUAUGCCGGCUGUGCAAAGAGCUGAGGCGGCGCUUCAAAGUCCAGGCGGCGGUGGUGUGCAACAGCAGUGCCAGGGUGGUGGAGGUGGUGGAGGAGAUGAGGAAGCGGGGCUUGUCCGCGUUUGGGAUUCACAGCGGCAUGGGCGAGAGGGAGGUGGAGCUUAUCAAGCGGAGCGAGCAAAGGUCCGUGAUCGUCACAGAUCAUGGCUGCUCCAAGGGGGCUCGAGACGUGAUCAACUUUGAGAUGCCACUGUCUCCCGGGGACUACUUUGAGCGUGCUUCCAAGCAGCGGGACCAGGUGACCAAAGUGGUGAUUAGUCUUGUUGUCGGGGGGCAAGAGUGUGAGCUACUGGAUCGCGUGAGGAGUCUGUAUGGGGUCGACAUAGAUUUGUUGCCUUCUCAGCCCAAGAGACCUGUAUUAUGA